GCCGCAACUCAGAAAAUUCAUGGUGUUCGUCCUCCUCCGCCACGAUCUUCAUCGUUUGGGCAUGCUUCUUCCCCUACUAUGACUUUCCACGCAUCCCGGCUUUAUCUGGACAGACCAAGUCUAGGCAUGGCUGCCUACUUGGUUGGGAUGCAUUUUAACUUUACCUACCAGCAAGCCUACGGUUGGGCAGGUCUUUUAUCUGAUUUUGAGCUAUACUAUGGCAGGCCAAGUGGCCUAAAGCAUAAUGAAGCGAAAAAGAAAAAUGCCAGAGAAGCAUUUGAAAUGAAGGAAAUAAAUAGUACCCAAGCCGUUCACUCCUCUUCACCUAUGGAGAUUGAUUCAUUACUCUGCUUGGUGCCCAACCCACCUUGCUGCAUCUCAUCUGUACUAUCAUUUUCUGAGCUAUGGCGGUGA